AUGCCCUUGCCGCAGCGGCCUGGUACGGUCGUCGGCGUCGACUUCUUGGGAUCUCUGUCAGUGACUGCUAAGGGCAACUCCUACAUUCUCUUGUUCACAGACCGUUUCAGUCGGAAAGCCCACAUGUUCGCAGUUACAACGUCGGAAUUUGCGGCGAAAGGGAAGGCUCACAUCUUCGUCAACCAUUACAUGACCAAGUGGAAAUGUCCGACUACGUUAUUGUCGGACAACGGACUGCAUUUCUGCUCGAAGCUCUCCAUGGUGAUCUACGAGGUGAUGAUCAAGGAGGUCACCACCAGCUCUUACCACCCACAGACCAACGGCGGCACGGAACCCGUCAACCACACGAUGUCCAAGAUGCUUGCGGUGGUCGUCAACGAACAGCAAAACGAUUGGGACGACGCCGUUCACAAGCUCCCUCAGUUUACCGUUGGCGGGUGGGCUUGGGUGUACAACACGGCUGCUACGAUUCGACAGGGUGUGCAGAAGGACAUGGACCAAAUGGUGCUCAAGGCCAAAUUCGCACUUUCCUGGACGGGGCCCUACAAAGUUCUUGCGGUGGGUCCAGCCUCUGCCGACGCCACUCCGGACGGCCGCCCGUUGGCGCGUAAACUCCUUUACCUGGACUUGCCUUCCGAUCUUUCCGGCCCGGCAGCUCGUUGUCGAGUGGUAACCGUACAUAUCGAGUGGCUCGGACUCGUGCGGCACAGCGGGAGCUAG